GUCUCUUUCGUCAUCUUACAGAUCGGAGCUUCAGCCAUGGCCUUUGUCAAGGCUCAAAAAACCAAGGCCUAUUCCAAGCGGUUUCAGGUCAAGUUCAAGAGAAGGAGAGAGGGAAAAACUGACUAUAGGGCUAGAAUUCGCCUGAUUAAUCAGGACAAGAACAAGUAUAACACUCCAAAGUAUCGCUUUGUUGUCCGAUUUACUAACAAGGAUAUUAUUGCUCAAAUAGUAUCUGCUAAUAUUGCUGGUGAUAUGGUUCUUGCUGCUGCUUAUUCCCAUGAGCUACCUAAUUAUGGGCUUGAAGUUGGUCUUACAAACUAUGCUGCUGCUUAUUGUACUGGUUUGCUGUUGGCUCGUCGUGUCCUGAAAAUGCUUGAAAUGGAUGAUGAGUAUCAGGGCAAUGUGGAGGCCACUGGAGAGGAUUUCUCAGUUGAGCCAACUGAAAGCAGGAGGCCGUUUCGUGCUCUCCUUGAUGUUGGGCUGGUUAGGACAACUACUGGGAACAGGGUUUUUGGUGCUCUUAAGGGUGCUUUGGAUGGUGGAUUGGAUAUUCCUCACAGUGACAAGAGGUUUGCCGGCUUUGGAAAAGAAAGCAAGCAGCUUGAUGCUGAGGUUCACUGCAAGUACAUUUAUGGUGGCCAUGUUGCUGCAUAUAUGAGAACCUUGAUGGAAGAUGAGCCAGAGAAGUAUCAAUCUCACUUCAGCGAGUACAUUGAAAGAGGAAUUGAGGCUGAUGAUGUUGAGGCACUGUACAAGAAAGUGCAUGCUGCCAUCCGUGCUGACCCAACUACUAAGAAGUCUGAGAAGCAGCCUCCAAAGGAGCACAAGAGGUACAACUUGAAGAAACUCACAUAUGAGGAGAGAAAGGCUAAAUUGAUCGAACGAUUACGUGCCCUGAACUCAGCCGCUGCUGACGUUGAUGAGGAGGAAGAGGAAGAUGAAGAUGAAGAUUGAAUGUAGCAUUCAAGCUCAAAUCAACUUGUCUUUUUCAUUACAUGCACUCCUAGUUGAACCUUGUCCGUUACUUAAAUUUUUGGGCGAUUUUGCUGUUUCUGAGUGUUAAACUUUUAGGUGGUGCAAAAAAAUAUUGGAUGUUUGGAAUUCAGUUUUUUUCACUAUAUGGAAUUUCAGUUUUUUGGUUCAAGGGGUUAACAGGCCAUUAUGUUUUCCACUU